UCCGCAUAGAGACAGCUUCGUAUAAAAAUCGUCAUUAGAGCUUGCGAAACCAGUUCAAUAGAAAUGAUGUUCAAAAUAGUGUCAUUGGUGCUGCUGGUGCCUUAUAUCCAAUGUUCAAAGCUGCUGCAAGUUAAGCAGAUUACCGAUGCGACUACUAUGUCGGACGAACCGUUCUGGGAUAAAUAUAAGCAAGUCCUCUACUACCUAGACUUGGACAACAGACUCGUAUUCCAGUGGAAUUACCGCACCGGAGCCACCACGUCCACCAAAAUCUACGAAGAGAGCAUCGGAGUUGUGAUCCCAGUCAAAGGUCACCCUACACACUUCGUAGUAGCUACUGGACAAGACAUUUUGCUGAUGGACUGGGACGGUAGAGAUAAUACCGGGAGGCUCAAGAUCAUACCGCAGGUCGGAGAAUUGAAAGCAGGAGAAAUUUUCGGCCAUGGUAAAGCCGAUGCUAAGGGGAGGUUGUGGGUUGGCGCGUAUAAGGUUCGCAAUGAUAGCGCCGUGGAUUUCGUGGAAGGAGAAGGAGCCCUUUACUGCGUCACUUUUGGGAAAAACCAAACUGCCCACAUAGAGAAGAAGCUUGACAAUUUGACCCACCCGACGGGUUUAUUGUGGUCUCAUGGCGACGAUCAUUUCUUCCUCGUCGAUUACCCCUCGAAAAAAGUGAUGAAAUACUCUUUCGACUUACAAGAAGGAGAACUCGGAACUAGCAGCGUUCUUAUCGAUCUGGAGGACCAUCCAGAAUUUAACGGAGAACCAGACGGGCUCGCAGAUGGACCCAAUCACAGCUUGAGUUUGACUUUGUCCAAUGGCAGUGCCAUUCUCCACAUUGACACCAUAACGGGGGAGGUGCUCGACUUUUUAACGACACCCACGCCUUUAAUCACGGACUUCGAAUGGGGCGGACCCCAUAACGACAUUGCGUUCUACACCACUUCAUCGACGGGCCUAUCCAAGGCUUACUUGGACAAGAAUGUUUUCGACUCGGGGGCGGUUUUCUCAAUAGAACGUUUAGGUGUACAGGCUAGAUCCUCGUACCCAGUGAUACUUCCGUAAUACAGUUAAUAAAAUACAUUUU